AUGUCUUUUCAUGUGAACGGAAGCGCCACAGGUAUGAUAGCGGCAGCAACAGAGGCGGCGGGGUGGGCCGCUCUUGUCGAUGCGAUGCAGACUUGGACUGCUGUUCAGUAUGUUUCCUGCGCGUUCAUUACGCUGUAUGCUUGGGAUUUUUUGUUGAUGUUCUCUGAAGAGGUGAUCAUUCAGACUUUGUGCGCAUCUAAUAACAAACUCACAUUUUUCCAUAACAAGGAGCUAAACUUCAACGACCAGGGGACAAGCUUGAAACUUCCGAAAUUGCUCUUCUUCUUCCAACGCAGAACCGAUACUUCUCCAUCGCUGCCGGAAUAUAUUGGUUUUGCUGUAAGUGCAGGCAUCGCCAACUCUUGUCCUCACGGGCUGUUGCGGGAAUGUAACACGGGUUAUGAACAGGCAAUAGCUCCAGCGUGCCAAAAACAUUUACAAUAUCCUGAGAUCCGACGGACACUCGCUGGGACGUUGGUUACAACGAAUAAUUUCAACUGGAAAGGCCUCACCCUCGAGAGCGUACUUGGAGCUUUAGCACUCUGGCACCGGCUCAAAAGACCCAAAGGAUCCAUCUGCGUGUUGUUCGAUGAUGUCGUGCGAAUAUUUGAAUAUUGA